AUUUUAGGCAUGGUGAGUGUGGUGUAAUUACUGCUGUGGAGGGUGGGGGGUCGAGCCACCUGACCUCUCGGUAUUCAGGAUAUGAAGAAAGUAAAUGGUAUACUCCAAGUGCAGGAAUAUCUUGUGGGAGUCCUGGUCUGUCUACAUACCUGUAUAAAACAAGAGUUUCCUGCAUCGUUUUGUGCUUCUCCAUGCUGUUCCCAUUAUUUUAAUACUAUAGAAGAGGCCAAAGAAGCUCCAGCAGUCAAAAGUGACAUUCUACCAAGAUAUCAUCAUCAGUACUACCAACCCGCUAUCUGGAAGUCGAAGCACACCUGUUGUACAUUCCACAAUGUACUGCACAUGUGUGCUUUGUUGCACAAUCUCUACAAAUCAGACCCUAUCCUGCAGUAUUCUCCAACCACAGCCCUACCCUGCAAUAUGCUCCAACCACAGCCCCACCCUGCAGUAUUCUCCAACCAUAGCACCACCCUGCAAUAUGCUCCAACCACAGCCCCACCCUGCAGUAUUCUCCAACCACAGCACCACCCUGCAAUAUGUUCCAACCACAGCACCACCCUGCAAUAUGCUCCAACCACAGCCCCACCCUGCAGUAUUCUCCAACCACAGCCCCACCCUGCAGUAUUCUCCAACCACAGCACCACCCUGCAAUAUGCUCCAACCACAGCCCUACCCUGGAGUAUUCUCCAACCACAGCCCCACCCUGCAGUAUUCUCCAACCACAGCCCCACCCUGCAGUAUUCUCCAACCACAGCACCACCCUGCAAUAUGCUCCAACCACAGCCCUACCCUGGAGUAUUCUCCAACCACAGCCCCAGCAUCGACGUCCGAGAGUCGGCGAUCGGGGCAGCGUUACUACAAGCAUCUGAAGGGCAGUGUUUGCAGCCUAUAGCAUAUUAGUGAGCCAAGUAUUGGACCCAUCGAUGGGCCUGCUCCACCAUUGAAAAGGAAGUCCUAGUUAGCCCUGAUACUUGUGCUGGAACAUUUGAUUUUUUUUGGGGGGGGGGGGCAGUCAUCUUGUGUGGUUGCCAUCUACAGUGAUCACAACCCUCUCACCCGUACGAGUGCCACGAAGAAUCACAACGACCAACGAGGUAGUCUCAGGCCGCAACCACACGAUCCUCGGAGACCUUGCCUCUCUCUCGAGAGAGAGCACGGCUACUAGUGCUCUGGCGGUUGAAUAUCGGGAGAAGACUCGAACGCCGUGCCAUUUUAACGGCUAGGUCCUUCAGCAGGUGAGUCAUCACGCACUCUCCAUCAGACUCCAACUUCCACGGUCACUGAUUUGAGGUAUCCACUCUCAGGGAUACCGAGGGCUCAUCGUUCCCUCUCGAGAACUCUGGUACUCUUGGAGCACAACCUCGGGCCAGACUCGUCUGGUGCUUGUCCGGUUAACGAGGCUGUUGCUGUUGGAGGCCCACUGUCCGACAGCCUGGUUGAUAUAGGACCUGGUGAAGAUACUUGUCCAAUUUUGUGUUGAAGACUUGUACACUUGUUCUGGCAGUGGUAAGAGGUUGAAUAGUCUUGUUGAUACUACAGUGUUGCCUUAAAUGUUUUACUGGCUCUACGUGGGCUAUAAACUAUUUGUUCAAGGCCGGAUAUUUCUCGUGCUUUGAACGGGGCCGUCAGCACUGAACACUAGUGAUUUGAAGUGUCACCAUUGUUAUUAUUUCCCUUGUUUUGGAAGGUCUCAAUACCCACACCAUCAUCCUUCUCCUCUUCCUCCGGGCUGUUGUUAUCUACUGCGGCCAGCAGUAACAGCCCGGUCUGAGACUGGGCCUUAGGGGGCGUUGACCCUUUAAAACCUCUGCAGGUAUGUUGUUAUUGUUAGUAAGGUAACUAACUUAAUUAUUUCCAAGUCUUUUACCUGUUGUUUUUGUUCUAUUUGGUGAUCCUCCUGAGUUUUUUGUUCUUUCUAUACCUAAGCAGCAGGAACUUACCACCAUUGAAUGUUAUGCAGUGGAACCUCAAAUAUCGAACUUUCUUCAGUCCAGAAGGCUGUUCGAGUGCCUUUACCGAAUGAAUUUAUUCCCAUCAGGAAUAAUGUAAAUUAGAUUAGUCCAUUUCAGACCCUCAAAAAUACGCUUAUAAAAGCACUUACAAAAAUAUGCUUACAUAAUUGGUUGUGUUGGGAGCAGUUUGAUUUUUGAGGUUCCACUGUAUUGUUGUUUUUCACUGUAAUUUUUCAGUGACUAUCAUUCUUAUUUUAGUGUCAUUUGCAAAUGAAACAAAACUAUGCCGGGUGUUUUUAUGUAUGCUAUGAAGAUGAGAAAUAGCAGAGGUACCAGAACAGUAAUUUGGGGAAUUGAGUUUUUUACCUUGUUGAUGCUGUUUACUACUAUUUUUUGUGUUGUGUGUUAGGAACUUGAAAAUCCACCUUCUUACCUUCCUUGUAGUGCCUGUGGCCCUCUUUUUUGCGCACUAUUACUCCAUGAUGACAUUUGUGAAACAAACACUUUUGCAAAAUCUGUGCAUAUCACAUUUGCACUUUGGUCAUCUUGUAACAUGUUUGUAAUUCUGUCAUAGUGGUUCAGGAGCUGUGACAGGUAUGAUUGUCCUGCUCAAACACCAGUGGUGUGGGUUAUGCCGGUCCAAGAAAUUUGUAAUCUGCUGUCUCAUCACUUUUUUUGAAUAUUUUUUUGAUGUAAUAUUUAGCUAGUGAUGUAUUACUUGCCCUAUGCGAAGGAGCUGUCUGCACUCUUUAAGGUCUGUGGUAUUUCACCUAGAUGUAGGCUCUUUCUCCAAAGAAUACCGAGGGCUCGUGCUAGUGGUACCUUGCACUUGUUUAUAAAUAGAGGAUUCCCUGAAUUUUGUCCAGGUGCUGAGUGGGCAAAUUUAUUUUUUUUUAAUCUAUGGGAUUUGUACUAAUAUCAGUUGGUGUGUGCAGCCUUGUGAUGGAGUGAAAAAUGUUUCUUGCUGUCAUUUAGUGGGUUGCUGAACAGCAACUGAUAUUGUUCUCUUAGAAUUUCACUCAUUUUAUGUUCAUCGUCCGUAUACGAGUCUCGUCGAUUACGGUCGAAUUCUAUAGGCAAUUGUUUGAUUUUGCAUACUAGUAGAAAUAUUUUGGGCGUCUCGCAAUAUGGCCUUUUGUUGUUUUUGUACUCGGGUGUGAUAUCCCAAGUUGUUUUCUAUUGUACCAUCUCGUACGCUGUGUCUGAUCUGGGUUUCCUCAACGGUACGUGUUUAAUACAGACCUAGUAUUGAGCUUGUCCGGGCACUGGUGAGGAUUUAGUGCAUUCGUGUCUGAUAGCUCUUGGUUUAUUUUUUUCCAGUCAUUUCUGUGGUUGUUGAAAUUGAACUUGCUCAAGAUAUUGCAGUUCCCACACCCUGAGUUAAUACUUGUUUGUUGUGCUCAGAGUAUAUUGUUAUUGUAAUUGUCUUUGAUUAGUUUUUUGUUUGUGAAUAUCAAAUCCAUUUCUGGUGGGAUUGUUUAUCUGUUGGUUCAUUGUGCACUUUUCACAAAGCUUCAGUUUGUGCCUGUUGAGCCAGGGUGGUUUUCCCUGAGAUAUUUCAGGUAUAACAUUGUGUUGUGGCAUUUUACAUGAGGGAGAUUAAAAUAGCCAGAUAGCAGUUGCUGGCAGUGGUUUAUAUACUAAGAUAAUUCAUACUAUGGAAUAAAUACUUUUCUCCAGGCUGAGGGAGUGACCCCCUCAAAACUACAGAGGCCAAAGAUUUUGGAAUAAAGAUAGUAUCUAACUGUUGCAUAUGUGUCUGUCUUACUUAGCAACCUGGGCUAUCUAGGUUGGCUAACCUUUCUUGCCCCGAGUAACCCUACCCUGGUUGUGGGCAUUCCCUAAAUUUUCCAAUCUACCCACGGAGCAGCGGAUGCGGAGGUAGAGACGACGUCAGAAACGCGUCCGGCAGUGUCUCGCGCGGGCUAGUCAAAGAUGACUGUUGUGACAAACUCUAGAGAAUAUCUGUCGAGUCAGAGAGGAUUGUUCCUCGAGGAACUGACGUGGGUCACAUCCUGGGUGUUAGUGGAGUGGUGUGGGUAACAUCCUUGUCAGAUAAUCAAAUGGAGCAGCACUCGAAGAGCCUUCCGGAAUGAAUUAAGGUCGUACGUUGAAGUUGCAUCGUACACGUACGAGUGUCGCGUCAACGACUAUUGAAUACUCGUGUCGGAAGUCACUGGAUUUGACCUCUCGACUUGUUCCAGGACAAGAGCUGGUGAGAAAAGUUGAGACAAUUUGGUGCUACAGCCUUUAUGAAAUUGUACCCGACGGUCUUUACGGAAAUUGAAGUACACGAGUUUUGCAGCCUCGACGAAGUUGUACGCGACUCUGGAAACACUCGAGUCUUGCUGAAACUGGUUGUACGGGGGGUCUUGCAUAGCAAGUUGCACAUGCAGUAACCUUUUCUUGUGAGCUGACACCUUACAGGAAACAUUUAUCCGUGUGUUAGGCAUCUUUUUGGGAUAUGUUUGCUUCAGUAAUAGGUGCUAUGUGGUGACUAGUAUAACAUAAGUUUAUAUUAUUUUGUUUAAUUAAUUUGUGUGCAUGUAAUGUAUUUAUUACAUCCCUAAGCAAACACUAUUAUGAUGACUUGGCACUUGUAGAUUCAUUAAAGAAAACCUCCUGUCUUCUUACUGAAAUGUGGCUUAAGACACAAUAGACAUUUGCACUAUCAUGUAGCAACACUAUAUCUAUCAGUGAUGAAUAUGGUGAAUAAUAUAUAUUUGCAAAUUUGUCUGUAAAAAAAAAAAUCCUAUAGUUGUUGAGGUCAUAUAUGGGAUGUCUCAUACUAAUAUAUCAGCUGUUAGUGCUAAACUAAGAACACUGAUUACAGGUACACAAUUGAAUAAGCACCAACCAAUAGCAGGAGAUUUUAACAUCAAGUUUGGCCUAACAAACAGAUGACCAACCUGUGUCUGACUUGAUUAACAAUACACUAUAUUGUAAACAAAAUCCAUAGAGUAUAUAACAAAUGUUUUAUCCCAUAAAAACUAAACAGAUGACUAACAAAAGAGUAAGUAAGUUGCCCAUGGCUUACUAAGAGCAUUGCUAGAUCCAUGACAAAAGACAAUACAGAAGGGGCUCAAAGAGUUUAUCAAACACCGUAGUACGUCGGUCCUCGCCAAAUUACUCGGUUUAAGCAGCCGUACUAUUGCAAUUCACCGAAAGGCGAGGAGAUAGAUAUUAAAAAGAUGUGGAAGAUGGACGAUGAGAUCGUGGGUACCCUCAAACCAAACAGAGCUAGUGUUAUUGUCCUCUUCAAGGGGGGCUCCUUGGCGUGGUGAAGAGGCUCUUGGUCUGAGGAAUUAGCCCUGUCGGUCUUCUUCCUCAGACCGAACCUAAUUACCCCCCAUUCUCCCCUCCCCUAUCCCAUCCUCCCCAUCCUCCCCUUUUUCCAUUCCUCCUCACCCCUCCCUUUUGCCCUUCCUCUUUUUAGCCUUCGUGAUUUCUCCCGCAGGCGCGCUAGUUCCUAGGUAGGGGAAAGGACACCGGGGUCCAUCCCAUUCCGUUGAGGUUUC